CGAACCGUUGUAGGAAUCAGCUGUUGUUGACUUGUGUAAAUAAAUUGGAUUGUUUUAAUAAUUCUUAUGACACAGUUGGUAAUUGUUCAUGAACCAUAAUGAACUUCAACUCAGAAGGAUAUAUUUUUAUAGAACCAUCACAGUUAUGUGAAGUCUGUGUUUAUCAUCAUUAUAUAAAAUAAAUGAUGCGUAGAAGGUUAUAUUGAUCUAUAUUCAUUUGACAGCGUAUGAAGAAUCCUGAAAAAAAAAAGAUAAUGGGACAAACACUCAGUGAACCUGUGACUACAAAGAAAUCUGCAUAUUGUAUAAAUUCAAAAUAUAGAGUUGGUAGUUCGUGUAUGCAAGGAUGGCGUAUCACAAUGGAAGAUUGUCAUGUUCAUAUACUUUCAUUACCGGAUGAUCCUGGUACUGCAUUCUUUGCAGUAUAUGAUGGACAUGGGAGUGCAGCAAUGGCACAGCAUGCGGGAAAACAUCUUCAUGAGUACAUAAUUAAGAGAAGCGAGUACAAAGCUGGUAACAUUGUUCAAGCCAUACAACAAGGUUUUCUAGAAUUAGACAAAGCAAUGCAAAAUGAUGUAACUCUUAAAGAUGAGCAGGCAGGAACUACUGUUAUAGCUCUUCUCAUUAAGGAUAAUAUUUUAUAUAGUGCAAAUGCAGGUGAUAGUAGAGCGGUAGCAAGUAUAAAUGGUCGAGCAGUUCCCCUUAGUCGUGACCAUAAACCUACAUUAAAAGAUGAACGCGAAAGAAUCGAAGCCGCGGGUGGCUGGGUCGAAUUUAAUAGAGUUAAUGGACUACUUGCAUUAUCUCGAGCUCUUGGCGAUUUUAUGUUUAAAAGAAACGAACGCAAAUCGGCACAAGAACAAAUCGUGACUGCCUUCCCUGAAGUUCAGGAAUUUAAAAUAACAGAUGACUGGGAAUUUGUUGUGUUGGCUUGUGAUGGUAUUUGGGAUGUGAUGACGAGCAGUGAAGUAGUCGAUUUUGUGAGAGCGCGAUUAAUGCCGUCUGGACCAAAUAAUGAGUGGAUGGAUCCUGAAGAGAUUUGUGAAGAGCUUAUAAAACAUUGCCUUGCACCAGAUGCUAUAAUGGGUACUGGUUGUGACAACAUGACCGUUGUUCUUGUUUGUUUUCAUCAUGGAAAACCAUAUUUUUUUUCAAUUCCACGUUGUAAAGAGUCUUUAAUUAGUACAAAGCCUUAACUAUAUUUUGAUCAUUAACAUUUUAGAGCAUCUUUUAAAUUUGUAUUUGAUUUUAUACCAUGAAGAAAUUAACCGUAUUUGCUUAUCAUAACUAUCGCAUCACGGCUGCAAAAUUGUUAAAAAUUUUGAGGAACUUGCUUUUAAACUGUAUAGACCCAAAAUUAAAAAAGGAAACAUUCAUUUUAUACUAAUAAAGAAAUUUUCGUUUA